CGCUUCCGCCGGGCCAUGGGGCCGCGCGUGCCGCUGCCGCCGCUCCUGCUGCUGUUGCUGCUGCUGCUGCUACCGCGGGCGCUGCUGUGCGGAGCCGAGGAGGCCGCGCCCCCGUCGCCGCGCCGCGCGCAGGUCACGCUGUCGCCAACGCCCGCCGUGACGAACGGGAGCCAGCCGGGCUCGCCGCACAACAGCACGUACUCGCGCUCGCCGGGCUCGCCGGGCUCGGCGCUGCUGCGUUCCUUCUACGUGCUCACGGGCCUCAGCGGCCUGGCCGCGCUCUACUUCCUCAUCCGGGCGUUCAGGUUGAAGAAGCCGCAGAGGCGGAGGUAUGGCCUGCUGGCCAGCAGCGACGACCCCGCGGAGACGGCAUCGCUGGACAGCGACGAGGAGGUCGUCUUUGAGACGCGGAAUCUGAGAUGACGUUCCGGUCAGGGAGGCGGCAUUUCCAGAAGCCCCGGGGAGAGGACAAGAGAUGGACCCUGCUCCCAGUGUCUGGUGCGCCCCUCUGACCCUCCUGCCAGCUUUGACACGGACUCUGAGAGCCCGCACGGGUCCUGCCUCACUCGCGCCUCAGCCUGAAGCCGCCUCGGCCCUUUGCCCAGACAGGACUGUGUCGGAUGCUGGGUGGAAAUCAGAGGCCCCGGAGAUCAGCGGGACUGUGACUGGUGCUGCUCCCCCUGCUCCGUGGGGAUGGGGCAGCCCCAGUGAACGCUGGGUGGGCGGGCGGGGUGGGAUGAGGGACCUGUCUGGGGGCGUUUUCCCGCGGGGCUGGGGACAAUAAAAGCCGCCGUGGAUGUGUA